GCCGGGGCCGAGGGCCCGAGCGCCAUGGGCCGGAGGGCGCGCGGCUGGCGGGCUGGGCCUCCCCCCGGCGAGAGAGCGGCCUGGAGUCGGCAGAGGCCGGCUGGGCCCGCGGGGAGGCCGGCCCGCGCCCCCUGAGCGACGGACACCAGGGCGCUCACCAUGGCCCCGCCGCUCCUAUUGCUGCUGCUGGCCAGUGGAGCUGCCGCUUGCCCGCUGCCCUGCGUGUGCCAGAACCUGUCGGAGUCGCUCAGCACCCUUUGUGCCCACCGAGGCCUGCUGUUUGUGCCACCCAACGUGGACCGGCGCACAGUUGAACUGCGCCUGGCUGACAACUUCAUCCAGGCCUUGGGACCACCUGACUUCCGCAACAUGACAGGGCUGGUGGACUUAACAUUGUCUCGAAAUGCCAUCACCCGCAUCGGGGCCCGCUCCUUUGGGGACCUGGAGAGCCUGCGCUCAUUGCACCUGGAUGGCAACAGGCUGGUGGAGCUGGGCAGCAGCAGCCUUCGGGGACCUGUCAACCUGCAGCACCUCAUUCUCAGUGGCAAUCAGCUAGGUCGCAUUGCGCCAGGGGCCUUUGAUGACUUCCUCGACAGCCUGGAGGACCUGGACGUGUCCUACAACAAUCUCCGGCAGGUUCCCUGGGCUGGCAUAGGUGCCAUGCCUGCCCUGCAUACCCUUAACCUGGACCAUAACCUCAUCGAUGCACUACCCCCAGGUGUCUUUGCCCAGCUUAGCCAGCUCUCCCGCCUUGACCUCACCUCCAACCGCCUGGCCACCCUGGCGCCUGAUCCACUCUUCUCCCGCGGUCGGGACGCCGAGGCCUCCCCUUCCCCCCUCGUGCUGAGCUUCAGCGGGAACCCACUGCACUGCAACUGUGAGCUGCUGUGGCUGCGGCGACUGGCUCGGCCUGAUGACCUGGAAACCUGCGCUUCUCCACCAACCCUGGCAGGCCGCUACUUCUGGGCAGUGCCAGAGGGAGAGUUCUCCUGUGAGCCUCCACUGAUUGCCCGCCACACACAGCGCCUGUGGGUGCUAGAGGGCCAGCGGGCCACUCUACGAUGCAGGGCCCUUGGUGAUCCUGUGCCCACCAUGCAUUGGGUUGGCCCUGAUGACCGGCUGGUUGGCAAUUCCUCUCGAGCCUGGGCUUUCCCCAACGGGACCCUAGAGAUUGGGGUGACAGGCGCAGGAGAUGCAGGAGCCUAUACCUGCAUCGCCACUAACCCUGCUGGUGAGGCCACAGCCCGAGUAGAGCUCCGGGUGUUGGCCUUGCCCCAUGGUGGAAACACCAGUGCUGAGGGAGGCCGUCCCGGGCCCUCGGACAUUGCUGCUUCUGCUAGAACUGCUGCGGAAGGCGAGGGGACUUUAGAGUCUGAGCCCGUCGUGCAAGUGACGGAGGUGACUGCCACCUCAGGCCUGGUGAGCUGGGGCCCAGGGCGGCCAGCUGACCCAGUGUGGAUGUUCCAAAUCCAGUACAACAGCAGCGAGGAUGAGACCCUCAUCUACCGGAUCGUACCAGCCUCCAGCCACCACUUCCUUCUGAAGCACCUGGUUCCUGGUGCUGACUACGACCUCUGCCUGCUGGCCCUGUCACCUGCUGCUGGGCCUUCCGACCUCACAGCCACCAGACUGCUGGGCUGUGCCCACUUCUCUACGCUACCAGCCACACCCCUGUGCCAUGCCCUACAGGCCCAUGUAUUGGGCGGGACCCUGACUGUGGCAGUGGGGGGAGUCCUAGUGGCUGCCUUACUGGUCUUCACUGUGGCCUUGCUGGUUCGGGGCCGGGGAGCUGGGAAUGGCCGCCUCCCACUCAAACUCAGCCAUGUCCAAUCCCAGACCAAUGGUGGCACCAGCCCCAUGCCCAAGAGCCACCCACCACGGAGCCCUCCACCCCGUCCCCAGCGCAGCUGUUCACUGGACCUGGGAGACACUGGUGGGUGCUAUGGGUAUGCUAGGCGCCUGGGAGGAGCCUGGGCCCGACGGAGCCACUCUGUACAUGGGGGGCUGCUAGGAGCUGGGUGCCGGGGCGUGGGGGGCAGUACAGAGCGGCUGGAGGAGAGUGUGGUGUGACAGGAAGGGCAGCCUCUCAUGCCCUGAGGAAGGAGCAGUGCCACUGUUGGGCCCAGGUGGCAGCACCCAGCCUGGGUGGGCAGCACGGCCCUGGGCCCCACUCUGCUUUUUAUCCUCAGUACCUCAGGCUCCCCAAGUACUUGGUGGGACAGCAAGCCCUUUCCUUGGUUUUGGCCUCCAGACUAAAGGGACAGGUCCCACCAACAGGUGCUCAGAGCCACCAAGGCAGGGGCUGCAGCCACCAAGAGGGAGUCUUGUUUCUAUUUAUAAUAAAAUUGUUGGGGACACUU